AGACUAUUAGAAGUGUCACAGCUGAAUACUCAACCAUAAAUAACUGAGAUUUGGACGUUACUUGGACUUACCCAAAAUUGCGGACUUCAUUUCUUGAGUUUACAGAAUUUAUCAGGUUGCAUUCACAAUGAACUUGGUGCUUCAAAAGGCUUUCCUUUGUUGUGUGCUUUCUACGCUUCUACCUAAAAUCACAAGUGCGGACCCUCUAAAUAGAGAUGAUUUAAAAAGGCUCAGUGAUUGGCUUCAGGGUGGGGUGUGGAGAGAUGUUCGCAGUGCGUCUCUGAUGCAUGAGGGUGACUCAACGUCUCCGCCUCUUGAAGAGAACAGUGAUACGGAGUCAUACGUACCACAGCAAAGGAGUUUAAGGGCAAAGAGAACAGAACCAGCCUACUCUGUAAAAAGAAUCGAAAAGGCGGGCUGUAACCUUGCCACCUGCUCCGUGCACGAGCUCGCCCACCUGUUGCACAUAAUGCGGACCAAGAUGAACAACGCCCCCCCUGAGAAGAUCAGCUCUAAGGGCUACGGUCGUCGACGAAGGCGGUCGCUCCCACCAACCCUCCCAACUUUCGAUGAAGGCCGUCUAAAGCUGGCCUGGAUCCAAAAACUUAAAAGGCACAAAGGUGUUGAGACAACAACAAGUCCAAGCAACUGGAUCAUCCUUCUCUCCAUCAUGUGCCUGAUUGAUUGGCCAGAGAAGGAUUCAGGUCGCUUGGAGAGAAUGAGUGCUUGUGGGAUAAGGAGGACUCCCCGUCAAUUGGGGGAAAAUUUGAUGUUUUUUUUUUAAAAAAGUCUUGUUUGGGUCUAAGGCAGUACGAGAGGACAUAGGUGGUCAAUGCUCUGUGUGUGUUUAGCAAUCUUGUCAUUCUUAUGGACCGUUUGGGACUUGACUUUCUGUCUCUUGUGCAGCACAGAUGUGUCAUCUGCUGGUGGAACGAGGGAACAACCAAGGACACGACCACUGCCUACUCUACCUGCCAAACGAUGACAGAGGAGGACACCGAGAAUAUAUCAAGAGGGAAAGAGGACUAAGACGGUUUAAAGCUAAUAAUCCUGGACCUCUUUUUGGAAAUAUUAAGUAUCGUUGUCCUCAAGAUGCGUUUUGGGAACGUGCAAACGAGGACAUCUACAUACUUGAAGACUUAUAGCUGUAUCUAUAUCUUGGGAGAUGUGCAAUAAUUUAAAUUCACAUGAUUAUGUAGUCUAUUAUUAAUGUGUAUUUAUGUAUAUUAUGAAAAAAAACUGUAUACUACUAAAUAUGCAUAUAUUUAUACCUAUAUAAUGUACAUGUAUUCUUUAGAUGGAACUAUUGUAUACGUAAAAAGGGCAUUGUACAGUUUUAAGUUUAUUUUGAAACGUCUAAACAGUGACUUACAAUGCAAAUCAUUUUUCAGGAGUGAUUUAAUAAUGUUACAGCAGUUAAAUAAUAACCAGAGAGAGAGAGAGAGAGAGAGAGAGAGAGAGAGAGAGAGAGAGAGAGAGAGAGAGAGAGAGAGAGAGAGAGAGAGAGAGAAUGUAAAUGUGAAUAUAAUAUUGCAUUACCUGAAUGAGAAGUACAAUUGUGUUUGUUUGGGUGCCAUAUACAGAGCUUUGAAGCGGAAUAAACAUCUUUCAAUAC